AUGCCAAAUUUGGAUCGUACAACUGCAGAACAAACUGCUAAACAAUAUGGUGCAAAUGUAACUAAAUCUAUCCUGGGUCGUACUAGUUUAGUUGUUCUUGGUGCAGAAGCUGGUCCAUCAAAAGUUAAAAAGAUUAAUCAAUUGAAAAUCAAAGCUAUUGAUGAAGCUGGAUUUAUCAAAUUAUUGGAAAUGAUGCCAGCAGAUGGUGGUUCCGGUGAAGCUGCUGAAAGAGCUAAGGAAAAACGUGAAAAAGAAGAAAGGGCAAUUAUUGAACAAGCUAAAUUAGAAGAAAAACAAGAAAAAGCAAGAGAAGCUGAAAGAAAGGCUAAAUUGGCCGCUACUGCUGUCUCAUCUUCUACAUCAACUUCAUCUUCUCAGAAAGGGCAUUCAAUUAGCCCGCCAUCUUCACAAUUGAAAGAUGUUCCUGCUAAAGAUAAGUUAUGGACAGAUAGACAUGCACCAACUGAUAUCUCUCAAUUGUGUGGUAACAAGGGACAAAUCAGAAAAUUACAAGAAUGGUUGGAAAAUUGGUUUACUUAUCAAGCUAGAGGUUUUAAAGGUCCAAGUGAUUCACCUAGUGCUUUUAGAGCAAUGUUAAUUAGUGGUCCUCCGGGUAUUGGUAAAACAUCUGCUGCUCAUUUGGUUGCAAAAAGUCUUGGCUAUGAUGUAUUAGAAAGAAAUGCAUCUGAUGUUCGUUCUAAAUCUUUAUUGAAUGCCAAUGUUAAAUCCAUUUUAAAUAACACAUCUGUUGUUGGUUUUUUCAAGAACCGUGAUGAUAAAGAACAGCAAAAUACCAGUAAGAAAUUUUGUAUCAUUAUGGAUGAAGUUGAUGGUAUGUCAAGUGGUGAUCAUGGUGGUGCUGGUGCUUUGUCACAAUUUUGUAAAAUUACAAAAAUGCCAAUGAUUUUGAUUUGUAAUGAUAAAUCCUUACCUAAAAUGAGAACUUUUGAUAGAGUCACUUAUGACCUUCCAUUCAGAAGACCAAGUGAAAACGAAGUUAAGAGUAGAUUAAUGACAAUUGCUUUUAGAGAAAAAAUCAAAUUAGAUCCAAAUGUUAUUGGACAAUUAGUACAAGCGACAUCAAAUGAUAUUAGACAAAUGAUCAAUUUAUUAUCAACAGUUUCUAAAACCCAAAAGGAAAUUGGUGCUAAUUCCAUGAAAGAAGUCAGAGAAGGUUGGAGUAAACAAGUUGUGUUGAAACCUUUUGAUAUUGCUGGUAGAUUAUUGAGUCUGGGGAUUUGGAUUGCACCAAAACUGACAAUUGAUGACAAGUUGAGUUUAUAUUUUAAUGAUUUUGAUUUUUCUCCGUUAAUGAUUCAAGAAAAUUUGUUAAUUACCAAGCCAAGAUUACCUGGAAAACCGCUCAACCAUGUGGCACAAGCAGCUGAUGAUAUAAGUUUAUCUGAUACUGUUAACUCAUUGAUUAGAUCAGGAGAACAACAAUGGAGUUUAUUACCAUUCCAUGGGAUUAUGUCUACUGUUAAACCAUCAUAUGAAGUUGCUGGUCAAGUUUUGGGUAGAUUGAAUUUUAGUAGUUGGUUGGGACAAAACUCCAAACAAAUGAAGUAUCAAAGAAUGUUGCAAGAAUUGCAAUAUCAUACAAGAGUCAGAACUUCAACUACAAAACAAGAAUUGAGACUUGAUUAUUUAGACACUUUGUGGGAGAAAAUAUCUAAACCAAUUAAUGAACUCGGUAGUGAUGGUCUUGAUGAAGCCAUCGAAGUUAUGGAUGAUUAUUAUUUAACCAAAGAAGAUUUGGACAAUAUUGGAGAAAUGAUCAACAAAGAGAUGAAAUUAGAUAAAAACACUAAAGCAGCAUUCACUAGAAAAUAUAACGCAGCCAUGCAUCCUACAAUUAUUUACAAGACAGGUAACUCAUUAGGAGUUGGAGGUAGAAAAGCAGCUGCUCCAAAGGCUGACUUUGAAGACGUUAUAGAUGAUGAUAUGGAAGAUGUUCCAGAUGAUGAUGAAGGAGAAGAUUCCGAUAAAAUUGACAAGAAGGAUAAGUUGAUUAAAUUGAAACCUGCUAAAUCUAAGGCGAGAGCUAGAUCAUCCGGAGGUGCAACUAAAAAGAGACAAAAGACGUAG